AUGUCCGAGUCCAUCCUUUCACAACGCCUUAGCCAUGUCCAAAAUCACCUGCAGGUCGCUCCUUGUGCCGCUGAGGAGGAGUCAAGGAUAAAAACUCCAAUCGAGUCUAUGGCUGAGGAGAGACAAAAGGCUACGUUCAAUGUCAGAGAGUUGACCUAUUAUUUGGAUGGAGGUGAAAAGUUCACCAAGGUCCGAGAAAAGUUCAUGAUGGAACUCGAACGUGAUCCCACCUUCCGCAUGUACGAUAUGUACGAUGUUACCAAAGAUCAGAUCAGAGAACGCACAAUGGAGAAGUUCCGCACGAUUGUGCACUACGUUUCUGCAGAACCCGUCCCAAUCUUUACCAUGCGCAUGCAGACCAUCUCUUUGAUCGAUCCCGGCUUCUGGACCCGUUUUGGUGUCCACUACGGUCUGUUCUUCGGUGCCCUCCGCGGCUCUGCUACCUCAGCUCAGUUCUCGCACUGGGUCUCCAAGGGUGCCCUGGCCCUGAAUGGUAUGGUUGGAUGCUUUGCCAUGACUGAGUUGGGCCACGGCUCCAACGUCGCUGGACUUGAGACUACCGCCACGUUCGACGAGACGUCCGAUCAAUUCAUUAUCCAUACUCCCACCAUCACCGCGACCAAAUGGUGGAUCGGAGGUGCCGCUCACACGGCCACCCACUGCGUCGUCUUUGCACAACUGAUCGUGCGUGGUAAGCGUUACGGAACAAAGUCCUUUGUGGUUCAACUCCGUGAUACCCACACUUAUAUGCUGAUGCCCGGCGUCAACAUUGGCGAUAUCGGAAAGAAGAUGGGUCGCGAUGGUAUCGAUAACGGCUGGAUCCAGUUCACGAACGUUCGCAUCCCUCGUACCAACAUGCUGAUGAAGCACACCAAGGUGUCACGCGCUGGUGAGGUUAAGGAACCCCCUAUGGCCCAGCUCACUUACGGUGCCUUGAUCCAAGGUCGUGUUGCCAUGGUUGUCGACUCGGGCAACAUCGCCAAGAAAGCUGUCACCAUCGCCGGUCGCUACGCUGCUGUCCGUCGCCAGUUCUCUUCCAAUCCUCACGAUGUGCAGGAGACCAAGCUGAUCGACUAUGCCAUCCACCAGUACCGCCUCAUGCCUCUCCUGGCUCAGGCUUUUGCCUUCCAUUUCACGGGUGUCGAGACCAACAAACUGUACGAAGAGCUUAUGGACAAGCUGGAAUCGACCCAGCCUGGCGAUGCCUCCAUGGGUGAGGUGAUCGAUACUCUCAAGGAGACCCAUGCCACCUCUGCUGGCCUAAAGGCCUUCUGCACCUGGGCGACUUUGAACGCCAUUGAGGCUUGUCGUCAGACCCUCGGCGGUCACGGAUACUCCUCCUACACCGGCCUUGCUACGACCUACAACGACUUUGCAGUUCACUGCACCUGGGAAGGAGACAACACUAUCUUGACACUUCAGUCGGGACGCUACCUAGUCAACUGUUACCGUGAAGCGCUUAGUGGCAAGUCUCAGCCCGAGGGAGUCGAGUACCUCAACCAUCUCGAUACCCUUCUCACUCAAGGAUGCGCUGUCAAGACCCACGAUGAAAUCCUGGACUUUGGCGUUAUUCAGGAGGCUUGGGGUGUCGUUACUGCUAAUGUUGUCAAGAAGGCUGGAGAUGACUUUGAGACCUCUCUCAAGCAAGGCAUGAACCCCGAGGCAGCGUACGAGGAAUGCUCUCAGGCGCGUCUCGCUGCUGCAAAAAUUCACUCUUUCGGCUAUGUCUUCCGUCGCUUUGCCCAGGCUGUCAGGAAUGCUCCCGAGGGACUUCGCCCCGUUCUCACCAAGGUCUGCCUCCUUUACGGUCUCUAUUCGAUCGAGCAGAACUCUGGCUUCUUCUUGCAGUACCGCUACUUCACUCCCUCGCAGAUGGACUAUGUUCGUAGCCAAGUUAAUGUUCUCUGCCGCGAUGUUCGCCAGGAGUACAUCCCAUUGAUCGAUUCAUUCAAUUACUCGGAUUACAUGAUCAACUCUCCUUUGGGCGCGUACGACGGAAACGUGUACGAGAAGUAUUUUGAGCAGGUUAAGAAACAGAACCCAGUUGGCCAGCCCCAUCCAUACUUGCCCCUGAUCCAGUCGCUCCUCCGUCGCGAUAUUGAAGAUGACGAGCCCUUGGAGGAGGACGACGACGACGAUGAAUAG